AUGGUGCAAGGCGCGUCCUUCGAAGCCAUCUCCGUGCUGCGAGACGGUUCGCCGCAGCAGAAACUCGAUGCGGUCAAGCACAUCAAGAACAUCAUCGUCGGGCAGCGCCAGCGCAAGGAACUCGCGGUCAAGCAUGGCAUCAUUCAGCCGUUGGCAGACAUCCUGUCUGGCUCCACCAAGGCUACUGGCAAGCGCAGGCUGGACUCUAGCGGCGUAUCCCUGCAGCAGUCACAGGAAUGGACCAUUGACGAUGAACUGCGACUACAAGCCAUCUACAUGGUUGGCAGUCUUGCAUCCGGUGGACAGCCCUUCUUGUACCCUCUGUGCUCGGCAGAUUUGCCCACCAUCCUCGUCCAUACACUCUCUGCCGAUAUUGGGACACGAUUAACCACGGCUACGCUGCAAGCCUUGAACGCCAUCGUCAGCUUUUGGUCUACACUGGACGAGUCAUCUAUCAAUUAUGACCUCUGGGGUGCGGUGUUCACUGCAGAGAGUCUGGAAGUCUUCGAUGGUCUGCUCAGCCAGCCCAACUCAUCUACGCUAGCGCGACAACAGCUUCGUCUUGUGGCCGACAUCAUAUCUGGCAUCGACGAGAGUGGCCCUCCUUCGCCAAAUCCAAGAUCCCAAAUCACGAAUUCCGGUAUACUUGAUACUCUCGCUUCGCUGGUAGUCUCUCACGCUGUAGAGCACAAGCUGGUCUAUUACAGUGGAACCACAUCACAGCUCCCGCCAGCGCCACCAGCCACUGCACUACCGAGUAUCCUUGCCGCUAUAUCGACCAUCAUUACUGGCUCGACCUACCGCGCACAGCGCUUCAUUCUAGCUCCCAGUGUCAGAGACCUCUUCGCUCACUCUGGUCUGGACAGUAUCGAUCACCGUGCUUCGUUUGGUGCUAGACAUGGCUUCGCGAAUCCCCACGAAAGCCUGUUACCGCUGCUCCAUGUUCCUACAUCUCGGAGCAUAUCUCACAACCCAUCUUCCAACAGCUUCCCUGCCCUGAAAGCCCUCCAGACUAGCAGAAAUGGCAAUGGGUCGUCAGAGUCAAUGCAGGCCACGAGUGACAUUGAUCAUUCGAACGCAGUCGUGGGCUGGCUUCUGGUGCUCGCCAGAUCGAUGAAGGGCCUGAACAGAUUGACGGCAUUGCGACUGCUGGCUUUGGUAGCCAAUGCAAUUGAGGCUGAUCCUGUGGGCGCGUCGCACAGGAACGAAUUGCACCAGAAGACGCGUGAACGACAGAGACAGCUAGCCUUGUUGGGAGUGCCACUUGCCGCCAAGCUCGUGCAAGCAGUGAACGAGGAGCGACAAACAGACAGCAGUAGUCUGCCCCAGGAUGGCCGAUCCGUUAAGGAACAAGCGUGCGCUGUGCUAGCAUUACUGAUCAAAGGGAGCAGAGAUUUGCAGAUCGCUGCCGUGGAAGCUGGUACCAUCAAGCACGUCUGUCCCAUCCUCAAAAAGAGCUUCGACAAUGUCACUUCGGCCAAGCCGAUGUGGUCGUCAAGGUCAGCUACACAGGUCGAUCCCAGCGCGCCGGCAACAUGCCAUCUCGGCUUGAACACUCUUCCAUCGGAGAUAUCUCAUGCUAUGCUUAGUCGAGAAAGCGCUCUGAAAGCAGUAGAAGCUUUGGCGGCAAGAGAAGAUAUCCAUCGAAAAGCCAUCAUCGAUGCUGGGGUUGUCAGCUGCAUCAUUGACUCGCUAAAGCCCUUCUCUAUUACACCGACUGCUGCUGUGGCAUCAAACCGAACCCAAAUAGCGCCGAAGGAUGGCAACACCACCACCGUGAUUCUCGCAGCCUGUCGUGCCGCGCAAUCAAUGUCGAGAAGCGUCAGCGUGCUUCGCACGAGCCUCAUAGAUGGUGGCAUUGCCAAGCCGUUGAUCCAGCUUCUGCAACAUGCCUCUCUUGAGGUGCAAGUCGCCGCAACGGACGUCUGCUGCAAUCUACUGCCAGAUUUCAGCCCGAUGCGAGAAGAGAUCUCGGAAGCCGAUGUGAUAAAGACGUUGGUAGAGCAUGCACGAAGCAGCUAUCCUGCGCUAAGACUUUCCAGUCUGUGGGCUCUCAAACAUCUGGUCGUGAAUUGUCCCAAGGAGACCAAGUUCUCCACACUCGAGGAGCUUGGUACGGGAUGGCUGGUGGGUAUCAUCCAAGGCGAGCAGUGGCAAAUGCCGGUAGGCACGAAUAGCACAAACAACGGCGGCGUCAGCGUUGGACUGAGCAGCGCCAAUGCUGCUGGCGAACAAGUAGACUUGCUCAACCCAUCAUCAAUGGACGUGGACAACCCCGGACCAACCUCUGACGACAUCAUGGAGGAGGACGAUGAAGAUGGAGAAGUCCUCUUCGACGAAGCCUCGAACACGCGAUACCAAUCAUCUCAGCUUCGAUCGACCCUUCAUCCACACGCUCCUGCUUUCAACCUCAAGCGCUACCUUUCCAACAUACGCUGCGUAGAAGAAAACGACGAGUACAUAGCCCGCCGCGACGAGGCAGCAAUCCAAACACAAGCUCUGGACUUUAUUAGGAAUCUCAUGAACGGCGAGGACUGCGCCACUUUAGCCGACCACAUCAUGAACCAGAUCGGCAGCAACAAGGUCUACGAACUGCUUACAGCAAAGCUGUUACCCUUGCCGCGACAUCUAAACUCCGGAACCAAAGUCUACCAUCCGGAAGACCUGGUUCUCUCGACGAUCCAUGUUAUCAUUCACCUCGCCAAUGCAGGCCCGAAGCAUCGGCAGAUGCUGAUUGCGCAGAAGCCGCUGCUGCAGGCUAUGUUGCCUCAUUUCAGUCAUUCUGACUCGCGCGUGCGUGUUAUGAGCGUGUGGGCGGUCAACAGUCUUACGUGGAUUGAGGAAGAUGGGGAUCGGAGAGAUGCUCGUGCAAGGUCCAACGAAAUCAAAGCACUAGGCAUCGAACAAGCCGUGCGCGCGCUUCAGAGCGAUUCUAACCUUGACGUUCGCGAGCGGGUCAAGACGGCGAUACGGCAGUUUGAGGCGUUGUAG